AUGUUUAUGCGUGGGUGGGGGGCAGGAGGGGAGGCGUGGGAGUGGCGGCGUCAGUUGAGGGCGUGGGAGGAGGAGAUGUUGGGGGAGUGUCAGGCUUUUCUUCUUACCAUCUCCUUGCAGGAUCAUAUUUCAGAUAGGUGGCAGUGGCGGGCUGACCUGGAAGAUGGUUACACGGUUCGUAGUGCUUAUCAGCUUCUGACGACUCAGGAUGUCGUUACUUUGGAUGCUGCGUCAGGUCUUAUAUGGCAUCGUCAGGUUCCUUUGAAGGUUUCCAUUUGUGCCUGGCGACUAUUACGGGACAGGUUACCUACCAAAGCAAACCUGGUUACUCGAGGGAUUUUAUCUACGGAGGCUCACCUUUGUACUUCUGGUUGCGGAGAGGUUGAGUCGGCUCAGCACUUGUUCCUCUCUUGCAGCUUCUUUGGCCCCCUUUGGUCUCUUGUCAGCUCCUGGAUUGGCUCUUCUGUGGUGACUGCUCAGACUCUUUCAGAUCAUUUUGUUCGGUUUACAGACUCAGCAGGUGGUUCUCGAGCACGCCGUUCUUUUAUGCAGCUCAUAUGGCUUGCUUGUGUUUGGGUUGUGUGGACUGAAAGAAAUCAUCGCUUAUCUUCUGAUUUGGAUCUGAUUCUAAAUGAUGGUGGUUCUUGCCAAUGUCGGUUCUGCCGUGUUGGUCUCGGCUUUGCCGCUUUUUUAUCCGCGGCUCUUCUUCGAUUUGACAACGACUGUUGGCUCGAAAGGUCAUUUUUACCUGUUGUGUUUUGUCAUAGAGGGUUGUAG